AUGGUAAACAGAACUAGGAUUAACUCUACUCAUGGACAUGAUGCUUUUGGAGUGCCCCAUUUCCAGGAGGCCAUUGGAGUUUUCUUCAUGGUUAUGCUGAGUGUCAUUGCUUUGGUUGCCAACACAGCAGUUAUGGUUGUUAUUCUCAAAACACCUCUCCUGAGGAAAUUCAUCUUUGUCUGCCAUCUCUGCCUUGUAGAUUUGUUGUCAGCAAUUUUCAUCAUGCCACUGGGGAUCAUCUCCAGUUCCACAUGCUUCAACAGAAUUUUAUACAGCAUCGCUGAGUGCCAAACACUCAUCUUCUUGAACGUUUGUUUCAUCAGCGCUUCCAUUCUCACCAUCUCUGUUAUCAGCAUUGAACGAUACUACUACAUCGUUCAUCCCAUGAGAUAUGAAGUUAAGAUGACGACUGGGCUGGCCAUUACUGUUGUGGUUUUCAUUUGGAUUAAGUCUAUGCUGGUUGCUGCACUGGCAAUAGUAGGCUGGCCCCAAGACAAUGGUGCAAGCAGUGCCAGUAAAUGUACUGUUAACUGGAGCCCUGGUGCCCACAAAAAGAUUUUUGUGAUCAUCUUCAGCCUUCUCUGCUUCAUAUUGCCCAGUUUAAUUAUCUUUGCAGUAUAUGGUAGCAUCUACAAAGUGGCCCGCAUUGCAUCCUUGCAGCAUAUUCCUGUCCCAUCUUGGACAGCUGCACCCAGACAAAGGUCAGAGUCCAUCCACAGUCAAGUCACCAUCAUCACUACCAGGAAUGUGCCUCCGAGACUGUCUCCUGAACGCUUUUUUGGUGGGAAUAAAGCAGCCCUGACCUUGGUGCUGAUUGUAGGCCAGUUUUUCUGCUGCUGGCUUCCUUUUUUCUCCUUCCACCUCCACUGCUGCUUCCACUCUGUCCCUACAGUCCCUGAUUCUGUUGAAAUAGUUGUGACCUGGCUUGCUUAUUCUUCCUUUGCGAUCAACCCUUUCUUCUAUGGAUUGCUAAACCGUCAAAUCAGGGAAGAGCUGGCCAAGAUGGGACGACAUUGCCUCAGUAAGCCUCUGAACCAGGACUUUUGUAUCUCCAGCCCAGAAGGCUCCAUUCAUGAGAAUUUCCUCCAAUUUCUUCAGAGGACUAGUUGCACAUUUGAGAACCAUUCCAGCUAUACUAAUUCCAGCCCCAGGAACACUUUGGACCAAACUGCUUUGGGAUUCAGAAUCCCAGGACAAAUCCCAGAAGAAACCAGUUGA